AAAAUCAAUCAAUAAAAUAGUUAAACACUUUGAGAUUUUAAACCAUGCUUAGCUCACCCUUCGCCGAAACUAAAAAUCUUCUCUCGAGCCUCGAAAACUUAUAUAAGUAGGACCAUAUAUGAUUGCCAAUAACAUAAACAUCAAAACAGUGAAGCCAAUUAAGUCUGAUAUAUAUAUAUAUAUCGAUAUGUCAAGGUUACAAGCAGAAGAAGAAACUCAAAAGGCUUUUGGAUGGGCAGCUAGAGACUCUUCAGGAAUUUUAUCCCCUUUCCACUUUACUAGAAGGGUUAAUGGAGAUAACGAUAUUACAAUCAAGAUUUUAUAUUGUGGGAUUUGCCAUUCUGACCUGCACAUAGCUCGGAAUGAUUUUGGAAUUUCUAUCUAUCCUGUUGUUCCCGGGCAUGAGAUCGUUGGUGUGGUGACCCAGGUUGGGAAAAAGGUAGACAGGUUCAAGGUCGGAGACAAAGCAGGUGUGGGAUGCUUAAUAGGCUCGUGUGGAAAAUGUGAGAAUUGCCAAAACGACAUGGAGAGUUACUGCUCCAAAACUGUUUACACCUACACUAUUUUUUAUGACGGCGGAGACAAGAAUUAUGGUGGAUAUUCUGAUGUAUAUGUUGUUAACGAGCACUUUGCCAUUCGUUUUCCGGAUAAUCUCUCAUUAGGAGGUGGAGCUCCGCUGCUCUGUGCUGGGAUUACAGUUUUUAGUCCCAUGAAGUAUUUUGGGCUCGACAAGGCUGGGAUGCAUCUGGGGGUGGUUGGUCUUGGUGGCCUGGGUCAUUUGGCGGUGAAGUUUGCGAAGGCAUUUGGAAUGAAAGUGACUGUGAUCAGCACAUCUCCGAGCAAACAGCAUGAAGCAAUUGAGCAACUCAAAGCUGACUCGUUUAUAGUUAGUCAUGACAUGAAGCAAAUGGAGGCUGCUACUGGCACCAUGAACGGUAUCAUAGACACUGUCGCUGCAGUUCAUCCUCUAAAGCCAUUGCUUGAUCUCUUAAAGACUAAUGGAAAACUAAUAUUGGUGGGUGCCCAAAGUCUUGAAAAGCCCUUGGAGGUGCCUGCAAUGCCCCUCUACGGAAGAAAGCUAGUGUCAGGAAGCAUGGCAGGGGGGGUAAAGGAGACGCAAGAAAUGAUUGAUUUUGCUGCCGAACACAACAUAGAGGCUAACGUUGAAGUUAUUCCCAUGGAUUAUGUGAACAAGGCCAUGGACCGUCUUGCAAAAGGAGCUGUCCGUUAUCGAUUUGUUAUUGACAUAGCAAACACCCUUUAAUUUGAAGUAUUUGUUUCCUUCAUUUGUUUAUUUUCUUUCCAUAGAAAUAUUGUUCUGUUGCCUUUAAGACACCAUUUUGGUGUAUUGUUAGUGCGUGGAAUGUUGUUAAAAACAAAGCUUAAAAUUGAGGAGAAUAAGAUGAAAAUUGAGGUGAAGAACCUAUAAAAUUCUAUGUAAAACAA